AGAGAGGAGCUUUAUCCAUUCUACGCUCUUCACUCGGAAAGAAGAGAAAGGAGCGGAUGCGAAGGGACGAACGUACGCACAUCCAGGAUCCAUUGGACGAAACGACGCAGUCAACUGAAUCUGAUGGGUGGCAACAACGGAAUGGGCCAAAACCAGAUUUGUGGGCACAGAUGCGACACUUGGAAUAUCGAUGAAUAUCCGGAUGCUCCACUGGGUUUCCCAACAAAAAGCAAAGCAGCGUCAAGAACUUCGCAACACUCUCUCCUUUCCCUCCUGAACCGCGAAAAUGCCGAUCCUAACUGCGAAUCUAGGACUGGCAGGGUCAUCGUCGAUUACCCUUUUCGCCCUCUCGCAGCUCUUUACCGGUGACGCGACCUCUGCUUCCAUGGCCCGCCACAAUGGCGGUUCCCCCAAGAUAUGCCUCAAGUACGCGAUUUCCAAGAGACCCUUUUCGUUCCACGGCGUCGUCAGGGCCUCUGUGUCCGUCUCCGGUGAUGCUUAUACGAAGGACGGCGAGGAAGAAGCCGCAACUGCUAGUGCUAAUGCCGCUAACGGAGCUCCUCAUCCGGAUGCCGCUAGACAAGCUCGGAGGUCCGCUGAUUGGAAGGCAGCAAGGGCGUAUACCAAGAGUGGACUGAUUUAUACAGGAAGAGUUGAAGGAUUCAAUGGAGGGGGAUUGUUGGUCCAGUUUUAUUCUCUCGUUGGCUUUCUACCCUUCCCACAGUUGAGCCCAUCGCAUUCUUGCAAAGAACCAGACAAAAACAUCCAAGAGGUUGCGAAAGCUCUGAUUGGCUCAGUUGUUCCUGUGAAGGUAAUCCAAGCAGAUGAAGACGGCAGAAGAUUAAUAUUUUCUGAAAAAGAAGCGGUCUGGUCUAAGUUUUCUGAACAGAUCAAUGUAGGAGAUAUCUUUCAAGCCAGGGUGGGUUCCGUUGAGGAUUAUGGUGCAUUUGUUCACUUACGUUUUCCUGAUGGAUUGUAUCAUCUUACUGGACUAGUACAUGUAUCUGAGGUUUCAUGGGAUUUAGUUCAAGAUGUGAGAGACAUUCUAAGCGAAGGUGAUGAAGUGAGGGUCAAAGUCAUCAAUAUUGAUAGAGAAAAGUCAAGGAUUACUCUGUCAAUGAAGCAGUUAGAGGAGGAUCCACUACUUGAAACUUUGGACAAAGUGAUUCCUCAGGAUGGCUCAGUUAAUUCUGAUGCUUCAGGCACUAACAGCAGCAGCAAGAUCGAUCCUCUUCCUGGGCUUGAAACAAUUAUUCAAGAACUACUACAGGAGGAAGGCAUAGAGGAUGUGAGUAUUAAUCGACAAGGCUUUGAGAAACGGGUCGUUUCGCAAGACCUCCAACUCUGGCUCUCCAAUGCACCACCAAUAAACAAGAAAUUUAUCCUUCUUGCUCGCGCUGGGAGGCAGGUGCAAGAAAUACAAUUGACAACAUUGCUUGAUCAGGACGGAAUUAAAAGGGCGCUACAGCGAGUUUUAGAGCGUGUCCCGUGACUUGGAGAUCGGGUAAUAUAAUCAUCGGUUUCA